AGCUCUCGAGUUCUCGAAAAUAGUUUGCAGUGACGUCAGCGAGGCUUCACAAAAGAUCCUCCUUUUUGCUGGAUCCGUCUGCUGCCGAUGCCUUCGCAACCGCAAAUCAAUCAUCAAGCACAGGAACUGUCACUGCCAUUAUUUCAACACCAUAGCAACCCCCAAUAGUUGAAUAGAAUAAACCAUGAGGCAGUUUUCUCUUUUGAAUCUUUUGCUCUUGUUGUCGGCAGCUUCUUUGGUAGCAUCCAAACAUGCUACCUCUGCUGGUUGGCUGAAACCUUCCUCCCCAAUCCAUCAGUUGGAUGAAUCUACACAGAGGGCCAUUUUUGCCGUCAGUGGAGGGGCUGCCAAAGCAACACCCAAAAAGGCCAAGAAGUCUGGCGGCAAAGCUCCUGCCAUUUCCAAUCCAGAUGGAGCUUCCAUCCCCAAUGAAAUCUUUAAUCUUGUCAAGGCAAUUGUAGGAGUCGGCGUCCUUUCGUUACCCGCUGGAAUUGCGGCCUUUGCCGAUAACAAAAGUGCCUUUUUACCGGCCGCCAUUAUGAUUGGGGUGAUUGGAGUCCUCAGUGGUUAUGGCUUUGCCAUUAUUGGAAAAGUAUGUGCCUAUACUGGUGCCACAAGCUACAGAGAGGCUUGGGCCGAGUCGAUUGGACCCAAGACAUCUUGGAUCCCUGCCUGGUCUGCUACGCUCAAAACAUCUUUGGCGUGCUUGGCCUUUAGUAUGGUCCUUGGGGAUACCUUCGCCACCUUGCUGAAGCAACCCAGAACUCCCACGUUGAUUGGAGUGACCUGUUUGGUACUUUUGCCUCUCUGUCUCAUGAAGAACCUCAAGUCCUUGGCUCCUUUCUCCUUGUUGGGUGUCAUGGGAAUGGCCUACACAGCAUUGGCCAUGACAGUACGUUGGUUGGAUGGUAGCUACGCCAUGACACAAGGAGCCGAAGGCAUGGUAGCUUCCGGAAAUCUUGUGGCAGAUGUGGCCGAGAAUCUUAGGCCCAAAUUUGGCUCGGUGGGGGGUUUUGAGAGUGUCUUGAACCCAUCAUCGUUGAUUCUCCUAUGCAUGCUCAGCACAGCUUACAUGGCUCACUUCAACGCUCCCAAGUUUUAUUUGGAGCUGAAAGACAACACUAUUCCCCGCUUCAAUACUGUUGUCAGUUGGAGUUUUGGAAUUUCCAUCCUCUUGAUGGGAUACAUCACCAUGACUGGUUUCCUGACGUUUGGUAAGAGCAGUCAAGGAUUCAUCUUGAGCAACUAUUCCGUAAACGAUCUUUGGAUCUCGGGGAGUCGCAUCGCCGUGGCGAUUUCCUUGGUGUUCUCUUAUCCACUCGCCUUUGUGGGGAUGCGAGAUGGUAUCGUCGAUCUUGUCAAUGUCCCGACGGAGAAACGAACCAACUCUUUCUUGAAUGGCUUGACUGUCGCCAUGUUGACCACGUUGACCGCCCUGGCUUGUGUGUUGACGGAUGUGAGCUUUGUUUUGUCUUUUGGUGGGGCCACCUUGGGCAAUGCAUUGACCUAUCUAUAUCCAGCCUUGAUGUACGCUGCCAUCAAUAAGAAACAAGGACGCAAGGAAGACUUGGCAGUUCUCAUUGCACAGGCUUCCGCCGUGUUGGGAGUUGUCAUGGGGGCGAUCGGCGCGAACAUGGCAUUGAAAAUGUUGAAGAACUAAGUCCUUGUGCUGUUUAGCUAGAUUGGUGUUCCACGGGUACUUCUGCCAUCCAUGGAGCUAAACCACGCGUUGACCUCACGACGGUGCAAAUACAAGCCACGGUAACUCUAUUCAAUGCAUGCAAUAUUCAAGGUCUUGUGGCUGUGAUUGUGGUGUUGGAAUGCACCAAUUCAGACAGAGAUUCACGAACCAGAAUUGUGGCACAAUAGAAUCAAUGAUGGGAGCGUAGAUAGAGUCGCUUAGUCAACCUGGGUCCGAAGAUGCAUGGUCUCCGUUAAACAGCUAUUGUUCAGAAGCGCCUGAGCUGAUGUAAAUACAGCAGCAGCUGUAAUAAGAUUGAAAGGGAUCGGGAUAGAUCUCCAUGGCACACCGUGGAAAAACAAAGUGAACAUACCGGUACAGGUACCUGGUACAUGUUAGGUUACCACGGUUCCUUUGGAACCAUUGCAUCCCCUCAAAAACACAGACAACAAUGAAACCCCCUAUACUCUCUUCUUUCCACACAGCAUCAUUCAUGCUAUCGUGCCACAAAUCACAGUCAAAUCAAGAAAGCAGUGAUGAAACAGACACCAGCAUGGACAAACCACAGCAAAGUCAGUCAUGACACAACACACACAAAGAAAAAUUCCCAUACACAGCAUUGGAGUUAAUCAUCCCUACUAGGUACAAUGAUAGGUACUAACAGGCAGGGUGGCGGGAUGUCACUUUAGAAUAUAUAACAACCAAAACUCCUUUCAAAUUUACACAAACAAAACCUUCCACUCAUCCACAACACUGGCAGAGUUACCUUAGUCUACUUCCAUCAAAGGCAACAGACGUUUUUAAGAAGCUGGAACCGUGGUUCCUUGAGCUCAAUCUAUGAUACUUCUCCUUCAUCGUUCCAAACUGUACAAGACGUGAGAGGAAUUCCUACUGAGAGCUCCAGGCGAUGGGAAUCGAAUCUCGAGGAUUUCCGGGAAUAAAGGGAUUCCUCUCCUUGUGGUAACGUACUAGUACGGCAGUACAGCGUACAUCUUCCGAUCUGGUUCUGGGGAAUCCUUGAGCCUCUCGGAUUUCCGGGAAUAAGGAUUCCUCCAAGGAUAUGAUGGCGAACACAGUGGAAACAAGCAGAGCUUUGGUGGAUAAAGCACACUUCCCAAAGGGAUGCCAGCUGGUCAACCUGUUCCUACUUCUCCUUCAUUGUCCCAAAGUGAGAGAUUGCAAUGUGGAAGUUCUUUCUACUACAUGUGUAGAGCUAGCUAGCUAGAAGUGUACAAUCUUUGCCUGUCAAACUCUGGCCGGAACAAGAGAGGGAGAGCUACCACUUACAAAAACUG